ACUUGACCAAAACAAAAAAAGAGAUAAAAUUAAAAACAAUGGGAGAGGAGGUGAGGAUGACAAGUAUGGAAGAAAGGGAAAUAGCAGCAGACAGGAAGAGAACACACUUUGUGUUGGUUCAUGGUAUUGGUGGAGGAGCAUGGUGCUGGUACAAAAUCAGGUGCCUCAUGGAGAAUUGUGGGUACAUGGUUUCAUGCAUCGACCUCAAAGGUUCCGGAAAUGAUCGGUCCGAUGCCGAUUCGAUUCUGUCUUUCGAUGAUUAUAAUCAGCCUCUCAUGGACUUCAUGUCUGCGUUGCCUGAUACCGAUAAGGUGAUAUUGGUAGGACAAAGUGCUGGAGGGUUAAGUGUAACGCAAGCCACACACAAAUUCCCCAACAAAAUCCGUCUGGCGGUGUAUGUUGCGGCCACCAUGCUGAAAUCAGGCUACUUGACUGACCAAGAUAUCAAAGAUGGAGUACCAGACUUAUCCCAAUUUGGUGAUGUGUACGAACUAGGAUUUGGAUUGGGAGCGGAGCAGCCUCCGACCAGUGCCAUUGUGAAAAAGGAAUUCCAACGUAAAAUCAUCUAUCAAAUGAGCCCUCAAGAGGAUUCGACUCUAGCAGCGAUGCUUUUAAGGCCAGGACCGAUCCUAGCACUGAUGAGUGCUCGAUUCAAAGAAGAGGACGACUCGGUGGAGAAAGUGAGGCGCGUAUACGUCCGGACAAUGCACGAUAAUGUCAUAAAACCGGACCAGCAGGAGGCGAUGAUAAAGAAAUGGCCACCCUCUCAUGUGCAUGUUGUGGAUAGUGACCACAGCCCCUUUUUCUCUGCCCCCUUUUCACUCUUUGGCAUACUCCUUAAAGUUGCAGCAACUUCAGCUGGAUGUAACUAAGCUAGCUGGCUGCCCAAUUCUAUGUCAUGGCCCAUUCUUGUGUGAAAUCAAUCAAUAAACCAUAGAACCUUAU